GAAACGGAUACGGCCAAAUAAUGAACAUUCAAAUCCGCUGAGCUCCGUCAUCCUGCCUCCACACGCUAGCCAGUAACUCCCCAAACAGGCCGCCUUGCCUACAUAAGCAGUCAGAUUUCCCAUUUCUCUCUUAAUCCUUCAGAAUCUGCCAGCUUCCCCUUCCUUCACAUCACUUUCCCCCAAUUCGGAAGGAAGAGCUCGCAAAAAACCCCGCGAAAAAUUCUUCAACCACCCCCGUCAACCCGCCGCCGGGGACGCGGGCCGCCUUCCGGCUCUUCCUUCUGCUCCUACCCAAUUCUUCCAUCUUUUACCACAUAUAGAUAUAUUCUACAUCUCUGCCCUAGUUGUUUUAAUCAAUUUCAUCGAUACCAAGGGCCCUGAUUCUAUCUGAGAAGAGUUGGAGUCCAGGGGAAUAUAAUUGGGGUUGUGUUCCGGAGCUUGGGGAGUUUAGAGGAGGGCGAGCGGGAAUAAGAUUUUGAUGGGGUUUCUGGUGGAUUCGCAAAAGGAUGGCGGAAUCGGGUUCUUGGGAGGUUGCGUGAAGACUCUAAUAAGGAGGAAACAGGUUGAUUCUGCUGACGGCAAUGUCCACGGCCACCACCAGUUGGCCAAGGAGCUGUCUGUUCUUCAUCUCAUUGCCAUUGGCGUUGGUUCGACGAUUGGAGCUGGAGUUUACAUUCUGGUGGGGACUGUUGCUAGGGAACACGCAGGGCCAGCACUUGCCUUAUCUUUUCUAAUCGCUGGAUUUGCUGCCGCUUUAUCAGCCUUCUGCUAUGCAGAACUUGCAAGUCGCUGCCCAUCUGCUGGCAGUGCCUAUCACUACUCGUACAUUUGUGUCGGAGAAGGAGUUGCUUGGUUGGUGGGCUGGGCUCUGAUUCUGGAAUACACAAUCGGCGGGUCAGCAGUUGCUCGUGGCAUUUCCCCCAAUCUGGCAUUGCUAUUUGGAGGUGAAGGCAGCCUUCCAUUUUUCCUGGCACGUCAAGCGAUCCCGGGGCUUGGUAUUGUAGUGGAUCCAUGUGCGGCAAUUCUUGUGUUUGUUGUCACUGGGCUCUUGUGUGUGGGAAUCAAGGAGAGUACUAUGGUCCAAGGCAUAGUGACCACCGUGAACUUAUGUGCCAUGCUGUUCGUCAUAAUAGCUGGAACUUACUUGGGCUUCAAGACUGGCUGGUCUGGAUAUGAGCUUCCUACUGGGUACUUCCCCUUUGGUGUUGAUGGCAUGCUUGCAGGUUCCGCCGUUGUCUUCUUUGCUUACAUUGGUUUUGAUUCAGUUGCCAGCACAGCUGAAGAGGUGAGGAAUCCUCAACGUGAUUUGCCUAUGGGAAUAGGGUUUGCAUUGUCCAUCUGUUGUUCGCUCUAUAUGCUGGUGUCGAUUGUUGUUGUCGGUUUGGUGCCAUACUAUGCAAUGGAUCCCGAUACUCCUAUCUCAUCUGCAUUUGCUGCUCAUGGGAUGCAAUGGGCAGUUUACAUCAUUACAGCUGGAGCUGUCAUGGCACUGUGUUCCACAUUGAUGGGGUCAAUGCUACCUCAGCCUCGGAUCUUAAUGGCUAUGGCUAGAGAUGGAUUGCUGCCAUCAUUUUUCUCAGAUGUCAACAAAAAAAGUCAAGUUCCUGUGAAGAGCACUGUGGUGACGGGACUAUGUGCCGCCACCCUAGCUUUUUGUAUGGAUGUUGAUCAAUUGGCAGGCAUGGUCAGUGUGGGGACACUUCUUGCAUUCACUAUGGUUGCGAUUUCUGUGCUAAUACUCAGAUAUGUGCCACCGGAUGAGGUGCCUGUUCCAUCCUCACUCCAGGACACAAUAGAUAGUGUGUCAUUGCAUUACAACAGAAUUAGUGGGGGUUCUACUAAGAAAAAGUCAAAGGCUCAUGCCAGCAUUUCCAAGGAUUCUAAAUUACCUUUGCUUGUUGGAAAGAAUGCACCAGCGGACUAUCCUGACCUUGUCAAAGAGGACCCUUCAGUUAAAUAUGUGUUAAGUGAAGAGAAAAGGAGGAAGAUUGCUGGCUGGACCAUAGCAUUCACAUGCAUUGGAGCAUUCACCCUUACAUACGCAGCUUCAAAUUUGGCUAUUCAGUGGCUUGUUCGGUAUUGCUUGUGUGGAUUCGGUGGAGCUCUUCUCCUGACUGGCUUGGUUGUGCUGACAUGUAUAGAGCAAGAUGAAGCAAGGCACAACUUUGGACAUUCUGGAGGUAUGACAUCAAUCACCCUACAAAUAUAUAUUUCAGGAACGUUACCUGCAGGAGUCAUGAUUCAGCAAAUAGGAAUAAAGGUUGACUCGAGGAAGCAUUUCUAUAUUACUUGCGUUUUUACAUGCCAUUCGGGUUGCCAUAAAUAGCUGCCUUAGGAAAUGUAAGUCACGAUUGAUGCAUUUGUUAACAAUUUGUACCGUUUGGGGAUGUCAUUUUUUCUUCUUCAGGUUUCACAUGCCCGUUUGUUCCUCUGCUCCCAAUCUUCUGCAUUCUGAUCAAUAUCUACCUGCUCGUCAAUCUCGGUGGUGCCACAUGGGCUCGUGUCUCUGUAUGGCUGGCGAUUGGCGUCGUAGUGUAUUUGUUCUAUGGCAGAAAACACAGCUCUUUAAUGGAUGCAGUAUACGUGCCAGUGGCUCAUGCUGGAGAGAUAUAUGGACGAAGAAGCUCUGGAGAUACUUUGGCUUGACGAUGGAUGGGUGGCUAAGUUUCGGUGAUGGGAAUACGGGCGUGGUGUUCCCAGAUGGAGCAGGACCUCUUUCUAAGCAACAGAAUCUCUUUGUUGUACCAAAAUUUCAAUCUUGUAAGCAUUAGAAUCAAUUUUCAUAUAUUUUAUUCUCUCUUCAGUCAACAUAUAUAUAGCAGUAGCAGAGACUGAAAUCAGUUUCUCUUUGUAGUAUAUUCAUUUCUGUACGACGAACUAUAGGUACCCGGCGAACUAGGGUAAUUCGGGAAUAUAUAGAUUGUACAUAUUUGUGGCAAGUUUAUAAAGCAUUGUUCUUCCACUUCUCUGAAA